AGAACCACAUCUCCCCUCUGGCCUGACCCAGCAACCAGCCCGUCACCAUGAACUACCUUCGCAGGCGUCUCUCGGACAGCAGCUUCGUGGCUAACCUCCCCAACGGCUACAUGACCGACCUGCAGAGGCCCGCGCCCAGCCCCUCCACGCCCUCCUCCUCCACCUCCACCCCCGCCUCCCCAGCCACGGAGAGGCGGCAGCCCCCAGUGGCACCAAGCCAGUCCCAGGCUCCUCCGGCGGCCUCCGGAGGAGGGGGGUUCCUCAGCUCCUUCUCCAGCGUGGUGAAGAGCGCCCAGAUGGCCCAGGGCGUUGCCGCGGCAGCGCAAGCCAAGUCAGCCGCCGCCGCCGCCGCUGCCGCCACCGCCGAGGGGGGGUCUGGAGGCACUGCCCCCCCGGCCCAGCCCCUGAAACCAGUCGUACGCAAACCCAAGAUCCUAUUGGUCGUAGACGACCCGCACACGGAAUGGGCCAAGUACUUUCGGGGGAAAAAGCUGAACGGGGAAUAUGAGAUCCGAGUGGAACAGGCGGAGUUUUCGGAGAUCAACCUUGCCUCCUACGUCAACACCGGCUGCAUGGUCGACAUGCAGGUCACCAAGGGAGGAACCAAAGUGGUCAGAUCCUUCAAGCCAGACUUUGUCCUGAUUCGCCAGCAUGCCUACAGCAUGACUCCGGGCGAGGACUACAGGAGCUUGGUGAUUGGCCUGCAGUUUGGGGGCGUGGCCAGCAUCAACUCUCUGCUCUCCAUCUACAACUUCUGCAGCAAACCCUGGGUGUUCUCACACAUGAUAAAGCUCUACCAUUCCCUUGGCCCGGAGAAGUUCCCUCUCAACGAGCAAACCUUCUACCCCAAUCACACACAGAUGGCCACAACACCAGCCUUCCCUGUGGUGGUCAAGAUGGGCCAUGCCUACGCCGGGAUGGGAAAGAUCAAAGUGGAGAACCAGGAAGACUUCCAGGACAUCACCAGCGUGGUGGCGCUGGCUAGGACCUACGCCACCUCCGAGCCCUUCGUCCAGUCCAAGUAUGACAUCAGGAUCCAGAAGAUUGGCAACAACUACAAAGCGUACAUGAGGACAUCCAUAUCAGGGAACUGGAAGGCCAACACGGGGUCUGCCAUGCUGGAGCAGAUCGCCAUGACGGACAGGUACCGUCUGUGGGUGGACUCCUGCGCGGAGAUGUUCGGAGGUCUGGACAUCUGUGCCGUGAAGGCGGUCCACGGGAAAGAUGGCAACGACUACAUCAUAGAGGUGAUGGACAGUUCCAUGCCUCUGAUUGGUGAACAUGUGGAGGAGGACAAGCAGCUUAUCACAGAGCUGGUGAUGAACAAGAUGGCAAGUGUCCUCUUGGGAAUCACCACACCACUGCCUUCUGCUGUCAAGACGCAGCCUCAGAGCUCUCAGCCAAGAAGAGCCCAAGGGGGAAACCGCUCCGCCUCAGCCUCUCCAUCCCAGUCAGCCCAAGGUUCCCCUCAAAGAGCCCGCUCUGCCAGCACUUCCCCCAGCCAGGCCUUCCAGCCCGGCCCCAUCCCUGCCACCUCCGGCCCCGGGGCCCAGAAGCAGCCUCCUCAGCUCAAUAAAUCUCAGUCGCUGACCAACACCUUCAGCAUCACAGACCCGUUGAAGGGGAACCCCACAGAUGAUGAGGCCAAGGCAGAGACCAUCCGCAGCCUACGCCAGUCCUUCGCUAGCCUCUUCUCCGACUAACACCCUCUUCAAGACUCUUCCACCACUCAGCAGCCAUGGCUCCAGGAGGGAGGCCCGGUCUGUCAUCACAGGUCUCCCUCCAAACAGGAAGCACCUUCCACUUCCUGUUUCCUACUUCCUGUUCUCCACCCUGUUGCAUAUUUAUUGAAAAAAUGUCAGUUGGAAAGGUUCCGACAAUUAAAUUAGUCUGGAGUUUUGUGCAGCGCAUGGUGUAAUUGUUUUGCAUCUGUCCUGUUGUCAAAAAAAGUGCCCUAGAAAUGUUUAGUAAGAUUAGCAUUUUUAUUUAUUUUAAGAGCAUAGGUGUUUUCCUCAUGUAAUUUGACUUACAUGGCUUUCUGUUUUAGGCAAUAUCACAGUAUUUAGAAAUUAUAACUAAUAAUGUUGAUAGGUUCAAUAGCGAUGUCUAGCCUAUUGCUGGCAACAUAUCAGAAAUAGAACAAUUGCCAUAUCUAGUUGGCUGGCAAGUAGUUAAUGUAAUUUCACCUGGGCCUAUGAUUACCAAAGUAUUUUUGAUAAAACCAGAAACCCAUUUGUUAGGUCAAGAUAACCGCCACAGUACCUGUACACAUGCAAUCUAAGGAGCCGCAAAUACUGUAAGAACUUGUCUUCCAUUACAGGAAAAUCUUUCCCCUGAAGCCAUUAGUAGUUACUACAUGAUCUAUCUUUGUAAAUAGCACUACGUACAAUUAUCCAACAUCUGUUCGUAAGCCAGUGUUAUAACAUAGUUGUGGAAACCCAUAUUCCAUGUAAAAGGUAAAGAAUGUGAUUUUAUCGCAUGAUUGUAGCAGGGAAAAGUCCUCCAUAUGUAAUAAAGGCAAGUGGAACAGUGUCAAGCAGGUUCUAUUAAAGCGUUGGGAGCUAGAAGAGAUCCCUUUGUCGAUAUCUGAAGUCAGAGAUGACUCCUGGAAGGCAGGUAUCUGUGAAACAUUACUACAUUAUCUUACUGUAAACUCUCCUACCAUUAAUACAAUAUCAUUGGGGCUUUCCUAAUCUACUGGAAUGUCCCAUUUUACAACAGUGAUAAGUGCAUGACAAUGAAUUCAACGUAAAUAUGUUUAUGUAUCCUAAUCUGUUUGGAAUUGAAUAUGAAUUUCAUGGUUUUACCUCAUUAUUGCAAUCAGUUUUCCAUGUCAAUCUCUUCUAAAAAAUGACAGAUUGAUUAUAAUGACUGUGUCCAUUUUUUGGUGCAUUGCUUUGACGUACAGAAUACUUUAUUUUAGAAUUUCAAUUUGACAUUUUGUAAGUAUAAACGUAGUUAUUUAACUAUAUUAAUAACCACCUUCUUUAUCUUCAGAAAUUGUACUUGAAGUUGCACUAUGCUCUCUGGCUAGCAUCAAUAAUAGUAUUACUUUUAAGGAUGUACAAUUAAUACAUUGUGGAUUGUUUUUGUUGCACUCAACAACCCCAUUAAGGAAUUCUAAAUGUUUACGUUAUGCUCGAUGAUUUUUAUUUUACAGUUUUAGACGUCAUUUCUUUGCCUUGGACACUGUGUCACAAAGGACCAAAUUGCCUGUUAGACUUAAGACCAUUUAAAUAAGUAUGUAUUUUGUUUUAUUCUUGAUGACAUUUGUCAACCACUUUAAGUAAUAAAUACUUCAGUAUAAAAAGCCAUAAAAAGCCAUGAUGUACUGGGAAUAUGAUGUCGUUCUGGAGCAGUGAUAACCUAUGAGGCUGUGACGUAAAUGAGUUCAUGUAUACUCGUUUCACUGUGGUAAAUUUUCCUCACAACAUCACUCCUGCUUGUAAUACUCUGUUGUUCAUCAAUUGAUAAACCCAAGUGUCUUUUGUCUAUGAAUGGUAAUUUAAUUGUUUCAUUUAAUUAUUCUGAUUUCUGUUUUCAUAUUUUCCUUUUUUCUUACUCAUAAUGUAGAUCCACAGAAAACGCUGAUUCAAAAUGGUGGGAAUGUCAUCCAGUAACCAAAAGUCCAGCAGAUUUUUCAGUGUUCACAGUGGCACUGAUCAGAGUAGACGAAUCCAACUAAAGUUUCGCUGUCCCUAAACUGGCAAGCAACAACAAAUAUUUAGACUGUCUUUCAGCAUUUCUCAACAUUGUGGUAAAAAAAAAGGUGCAAUAAUCAUCAAUCAUGUUAUAUUUAAUGUUAUGUUUCCUGUUAGCCAUUAGAUUUUACUACACAUUUCAACUGUUAUUAAGUGAUGAACUGCUGAGAAUUAAAAGGCGACUCAAGGUUCAUAAAACAUUUGCAUGUCGUUACAAUGAAUAGUGAAGGGCAAUACACCUUGAAAGAUGUACUGUGAAGCUGUCUUCUACAAACAAAAGAAAAAACAAGGACAUAUUUCAAUAAGAUGACUACACACAUCUUCUGUAGAGUAACCUCACCAUUAUUAUGUUGACAGGUUGACAGCAGACUUAUUGCGUAAAUGUUUAACUGAUGUGUUCAGUUUACCACCCAGACUGUCUACUGUGUUAUGUUCUCUCAUGGUAACUUCCUGCUGGAUGGCAGAUAUUAUUGUAUGCUCUAUAGUGUAAAAGUGUAAGUGUGGCAUGAAUUCUGACCCUGGUGUGCCUCCGAUGUAAGUUGUUGUGUAGUGUUACUGUCUGGCUGAUCUGUGUAUGUAUGAAGUGUGAUGCAUCAUGUGCGUGUUUCUGUAAUUCAUGUAUUUUUGUUCUUUUGAUGUCAACAUUUAUGUUAAUAAAGAAAACAACUUUUUA